GAAAUACAAGAGAAAAUCAAGCAACUUAACUUAGACAAUUGCCGCGUUCUUGUCACUAACGUGGACAGUCAGUCAUCUCUUAAUGGCGGAAUAGUUGUUCAAGUUCUUGGUGAAAUGAGUAAUGGGAACGAAGAAACUUCUAGGAAGUUUGCUCAAACUUUCUUCUUGGCCGAGCAACCAAAUGGCUAUUACGUAUUGAACGAUAUUUUUCGAUUUCUGAAUGAAGAUGAUGAUGUAAAUUCUGAAUGUGAUGAAGUCGAUGAAGGUGCCAUCGAAGAGUCUGUGGGAAAUGAAGGAGGCGAGGAAGACAGGGGUUCUUCACCUACUGGCACUCUUGUUGAAGAACCUAUUAAUGUCCCCACUAUAAUCGAGGAAGAGAGUGUCGUUACACAUACGCGUGAAACUAAUGCGUCAGAGGUGACAACUAAUGCUCCAAACACUAAUGAAACAACAGAAUCUGUCUCCAGUGCAUCUUUGCCAUUAAUGUCAGCAUCUGUUUCUGAAGGGCAACAGACUAACUCAUCUCUAGUAGCGUCUAAUGAUACUUUAAACGCUUCCUCUGACAAAUCUCAAGGCACUCAAGUUGCAGUCGGUUCACCCUCGGUUCAUGCGAACAAGAUUCCGGUUACGAACGUGGCGGUUAAUUCUCAACCGGUUUAUCCCAAAGCAUCGGUUCCUAAUGUUCCGAUCGUAAUGCCUUUUGCAAAUCAAGCAUCAUCAACUUAUAUUAAUCAACAACAACCGGUUGCUGCAAUGGUUAAUGGGCAAUAUCAAAAUAUUAAACAAACUACCAAUGGUCAAAUUGGUAAUGCAUCUCCUACUUAUGCUCAACGUUCUAAUACACCCAGACCACAAACAGUUGGAAGUGGCCCAGCAUAUACUCAAACAUCAAGUUCUAGAACACAAGCUGCUGGAAAUAGUCCAGCGUUUGCGCAACAAUUACAAACCUCUAAAGUUGCGUCUCAAACAGUUCCACAUACUGUAAAUGGUUUACAUAUGUCCGCUCCCCGAUCAAUUUCUCCAGUUUCUCAACGAUCUGUUUCUCCAGUUGGAAAUGAUCAUAAACCAGUCCAAAAUAUCGUCAAUAGUGAUUCUGGAGUUGUCAAUCAAUUGACCUCUCUUGAAAAUGGUCAACCUGCUGUUGCUAAACCAGCAGUAAAUAUUUCGGAUAAUUCUGAAACUGCUUCUGUGAAACCGGCAUCAAACGUCGUGAAUGGUGAAAAUCCUUUAUCUAAAUCAACAUCUAAUAAUGGUGAAUCUGCUCCUGCGAAAUCAGUAGUUAACGAUGAAGCAAUCACUCACACAAAUGUUCAAAGUGGUUCUGACUCUAAGAAAAUUGGUACUUCUACAGUUAACACUACUAACGUAAAAGAUGAGUCGGCGGCUAAUGCCGCCCAGUCUUCCGGCACAAAUCAACAAGUAACUCAACCUCCGCCAAAGCCACAAGGACCUCAAACUUGGGCAAGCACCCUCUUCAAAAGCAGUGGCAGCACGCAAACCGAAUCCAAGCCUCAAAGUGUUCCUGCAACACUUCCUGCUCAAAAGAUACAACAAAAGCCGGCACCUCAAAAUUCAUAUCCGCCUCAACAACAACAAGCUCGGGACAACAGGAAUUUCCGCCAGGAAGGUCCAAGAGGAAACAAUCGCCGCAACAAUACAAACUUUUCUGUCUAUGUUAAAGGGAUCAAUUCAAAAGUGCCCUACGAACAAUUGAAAUCCUCACUCAGUACUUUUGGACAGAUUAAACAUCUUGAUAUGGUUUACAAUAAAUCUUGCGCAUUCGUCGUAUUUGCUGAUGAAGAAUCGUACAAAGAAUGUCUUAAUCGUCACACUCUUACCGUUGCUAAUCAAAAUUUAAUCUUCGAAGAGCGCCGCCCAUCUCGCAAUGUUAAUCGUGGUGGCAAUAAUAAACCGCCUC